GUACAAUUGUGGUGAGAAGAAUAUCAUCUCAGAAUGGCGCACGAGGGGGGCCUACACAAUAUUAGUUUUGGGUCAUCGCGGGAUUGUGAAGAAGAAUGGCGGUUCAAACGGAGAGAGGGAUUCCGCUCAGUGCGCUUAAUCCAAAGUUCCUUCACACCAACUCUACUAGCCACACCUGGCCCUUCAGCGCCAUAGCAGAGCUGAUAGACAAUGCAUAUGACCCAGAUGUGAGUGCCAAACAGUUCUGGAUUGACAAGACAGUUAUCAGAGAUCAAGACUGUCUUACUUUCAUGGAUAAUGGAGCAGGGUUGGAUUAUGACAAGAUGUACAAAAUGCUCAGUUUUGGCUUCAGUGAUAAGGAGACUAAAAAUGGUCAUGUGCCUGUGGGCCUCUAUGGCAAUGGAUUUAAGUCAGGCUCCAUGCGUUUGGGAAAGGAUGCCAUUGUGUUCUCCAAGAAGGGAGAGUCCAUGUGUGUGGGCCUGCUGUCCCAGACGUACCUUCAAGAGAUUCAAGCGGAGAACGUCAUUGUGCCCAUUGUCUCAUUCAAACGUAUUGGACAGUUAUUCCGUCCUGAGUCACAGCACGCAGCAAGUCUCCAAGACAUCCUGCGCUACUCUCUGUUCCAGACAGAGGCAGAGCUACUUCUAGAGCUCAAUGCUAUCAACGCUCACUAUUCCUCAGGCUCCACAGGAACACGAAUCAUCAUCUGGAACCUCAGAAAAGCAUUGACAGACAAACCCGAGUUUGACUUUGAGGUAGACCGUUAUGACAUCCAAAUUCCAGCUGAUGUGUAUGAUAGUGAAAAGGAGACCUACAAGCAAUCCAGUCGCACAUUGCAGUCAAGCCCAGAGAGUGACUUCUCCCUGAGGGCAUACUGUAGCAUCCUGUACUUGAAGCCCAGAAUGCAGAUUGUCAUUCGUGGACAGAAAGUGAAAACUCAGCUGAUUUCUAAAAGCCUGGCACAUGUUGUCAAAGAUAAAUACAAACCCAACUUUUUAAAUAAAGAAAGCAUCUCAAUCACAUUUGGCUACAAUACCAAGACCAAAGAACAUUACGGAGUCAUGAUGUACCACAAAAACAGGCUUAUCAAAGCCUAUGAGCGUGUUGGAUGCCAAAACAGGGCAAAUGUCAAAGGAGUGGGAGUCAUUGCUGUGAUUGAGUGCAACUUCCUCAAGCCAACACACAACAAGCAGGACUUUGAUUACACAGAAGAGUACAGAAGAACUUUGCAAACUUUGGGUUUGAAGCUGGAAGAUUAUUGGAAAGCGAUCCACCAUAAAAAAGGUCUCAGCAGUACAGUACCUGUGGAGGAUAUCCCGAAGUGUCCUGAUCAGAACUGGGUUCAGUGUGAUGGUUGUCUUAAGUGGCGGAAGCUUCCAGAUGGCAUCGACACCUGUAAGCUCCCUGAAAAAUGGUUCUGUCGAAUGAAUCCAGACCCCCAGUACAGGCAAUGUGAACAAGAAGAGGAAGCUGAAGAUUCUGAAGAUGAAUCCUCAGCCUACCUGAAAACAUACAAACAGCAUGAAAGAAACCUAAAAAAACAGCAGGAACAGAAAAGAAUGCUGUUGGAAGAAACCAUGUUGAGGCAGGAACAGCAAAGAAAUGCAGCCUUGACUCAACAAAAUGAAGUUCUAAGAAAAAAGCAGGAGGUCCUUGUGCGUCAACUCGAGCAAACAGCCCCUUCCUCACCUAUGGUUUCUGUAGCAACCGAGAGCCCUCUCAAUUCCAGACUCCUCCCACAAUCAGCCUCUAGCCCUUCGGACAGCUUGCCAGUCAUUUCAAAUGUAGUCUCUCUCUCCACUCCUAAAAGAUCAAAUAGAAGUCUAGGACUGACUCAAAACCAAGCUGUGAAGAGAGCAAGAUCUAUUAAUGGCUACUAUAGAAACACACCAGACACCCCAUCAACAUCCAAAGCUUUAUCAGAUGCCUUAAUCUCACUGAUGGAGAUCCCUGAUGAUAAUGACAAUGUUAAUGAAAAGAUUGUCAAGGACCGCGACGAUGAUGACGUUGUUAUUGUUGAGACCAAUAGCACACCUAGACCCCCCACCUUUGACCUGGCUAAGGUAAAGUCAGAAGAAAGGACCAUGGAUGAUAUACUAGGAUUAUAUAUGGAGUGCAGUGAUCAAGCUUCCACAGAAACACCUGCAAUUGAAAGUACCAAAAAAGCUACAGUGGACCCAUCAACUUCAAAUGGUCAAGCCAGCAUAACAACCCAGACAGAAUGUGGUGUGACUGUGAAAAAAGAGGAAGCGCAGCAGAGGAGAAAAGGAGAAGAGACAAAGAAUAAUGCAACAAGGAUGGAAGAGAGCGCUACUGAGAUGGAAUGCAUGAAGGAUAAAGAUACAGGCUUGAACGAGUUUAUCAAUGACUCUAUGGACAUUGUUAGAUGUCGUAGUGUAGAUGGACAGAGCAGGCCUAAAUUAGGUUUAGAAAAUGAGGCAGGUAAGAGCUUACUUUCCUCUGAUCUAGACAUUCACAAUAUCCCAACCCUAGAAGCCCAAAAACAGCAGGACAACCUUUUAGAUCUCCUGGAGGCCACAGUCCAGGAGCAAGAUGCAUUCAAGGAGAAAACUCAAUUCCUAACCCUUCAGCUGAAGCAGAAAGAAAGCAAAUUACUGAAACUUGCUGUAAAGAAAGAGAACAGCGAUCAAAGCACCCAGACUGAUUUGUUAGAGGAACAGGACUAUAAAACACUUUUCCAAGACACUAUGCAGCAGAUUGAAGUACUCAAAAAAGAGAAUGAUGAGCUGAAGCAGAAAAAGGAGAGGUUGCUACAGAUGAAAUCAGAGAAAGCAGUAGACAACCAUGUGCUUUGUGACAGGAUAAAAUCUCAGGGUGAGGGGCAGAGUCAGGGUGAGGAUGAUGAAAUGGCUUUACAGGUGGAUUUUCUUCUGAGAGAGCUGGACCAGCGCAACACAGAAUGUGAUGAAUUAAAAAAAAAGUUGGAUAACUUGGAGGAGGAGAGAGCUCGAUGUGAGCAGUUGCAGAAAGAAUUGGAAGAACUGAGGAACGAAAGAGAUGUCUGGAGGAAUAGAAAAGGAGAGAACAGAAGCUUCGGCACAGAGGAUGGCUCUGCAAGCUAUCAGAAUCAGAUCAAAGAGAACAGAGAGUCCGAUGAAAGACCAGAGAGGGGAGAGAACAUGGUAACACUGGCAAAGUUAAGAGAGCUGAGAAGCAACGUUGCUCGUCUGUUGGUCACCUUUGUUCCUGCCCUGGACCCUGAACAGGUCAAUUAUGACUGUGAUGUCAUAGAUGAGAUUCUUAACCAGGUUAUAGAGGAGAUUUCCCCCCAUGAGACUACUUCCACUUAAAGAUGCUACCACUUCAAAGUUACCAAAGAGAUCUACCCGUGUUAAUGUUUUGACGAAGCAAAAUGUUCAUAUUCUAUUUUACUCUGAAAAUAGUAAAUGUAAUAUUAAGAUAAGUUGUAUUUAAUUAUGUGAGAGAAGCUAUUGAUUGUUUUUAAGUUGUUGAUUAACUUUUAAUGGAGGCAAGAAUUCACUGCUGAAGCAGCUGUCAACAGAUUGACUCAAGUCAUCACAGACUUAUAAUAAUUUUUUACAAUUUGUGCAAUGUUUACACAUUCAUGUUUUAUUUUGUUUCUUUUGAUUUACUGUAUUUUAUUGGGAUUGAAAGUUCAGAUUCCAAGAAGAGCAGUUUGCCAUCACAAAAACAUGUUAAGGUUGAAGUUCAGAUUUCAAGAAUAAAAUUUUACUGUCACAAAUAUAUGUUAAGCUUCAGGUUCAAACUUCAAGAAUAACAUUUACCGUUAUAAAUACAUGUUAAGCUUCGAUUUCUUGUUAACCAAGUCAGUUUUCUUUGACAUUGAAGGUACUUUUUUAUAUAUAUAAUAUGAAAGUAUGAAAUUCUGUGUAUAUUAUUGUACAUACUGCCUUAUUGGAA